CACCUUCCUAACCCUGGGCAGUGAGACAUGGGCGGAGGCGAGCACGCCUAGUGAGCCCAAAUCAAUGCCUUCCCAAGUCACAAACGGGGAAACCGAGGUAGGCACUCUCAGAGUGAAGCGGAACUUGGCCAUGAUCCCCGCGGAGAGUACACCGCCGCCCGGAUUCUCGCCCUCGGAAAAUCCUGCCCCUAGUCCUUCUAAGACCCCUUUCGUACUGCAGUAAAAAGGAACCGGCCUUUGCCACUGAGACCAAACUGAUAGGAGAACGGGCCUCUUUGCGUAGGUGGAGGGCCCUCCAGCCCUUCCUCGGCCUGAGCCUCGGUUUCCGUACUGCUGACCGAGGGGCGGGGCCUAGCUUGUGAGCACGCCCUCCCGGGUCGCUCCCGCCUUGGGGGUGGGGCUCUUCCCCCAGUGCCCUCCGGGGUAGUCGGGAUUCUCUCUCCCAGGCGUGGUAAGUAGGGGGCGGAGUCACGAGCGGGGCGGCCAGAAUCCCUGCCCCGUCCACCGCUGGCCUAGAGCUUCAGCCGGCGGCUCAUUUCCGGUGGGAGUGCCGCGCCCAGUGAGGGCCCGGAAGUGGGUCGCGCGGAGAUUGCUGGGCAGUUCUUGCCGGAAGUGGAGAGCGGCUGAUCGCAGUCCCGAGGUGAGACUCAAGUCUGAGGUGGUACAUUAUGGCUGACAUGCAAAAUCUGGUAGAAAGAUUGGAGAGGGCAGUGGGCCGCCUGGAGGCAGUAUCCCAUACCUCUGACAUGCACUGUGGGUAUGGAGACAGUUCAUCAAAAGGGGCAAUUCCAUAUGUGCAAGCAUUUGACUCACUGCUUGCUGGUCCUGUGGGAGAGUACUUGAAGAUCAGUAAAGAAAUUGGGGGAGACGUGCAGAAACAUGCGGAGAUGGUCCACACAGGUCUGAAGUUGGAGCGAGCACUCUUGGUUACAGCCUCUCAGUGUCAGCAGCCAGCAGGUAACAAGCUUUCUGAUUUGUUGGCACCCAUCUCAGAGCAGAUCCAAGAAGUGAUAACUUUUCGGGAGAAGAACCGAGGCAGCAAGUUGUUCAAUCACUUGUCAGCCGUCAGUGAAAGUAUCCAGGCCCUGGGCUGGGUGGCUAUGGCUCCCAAGCCUGGUCCCUAUGUGAAAGAAAUGAAUGAUGCUGCCAUGUUUUAUACAAACCGAGUCCUCAAGGAAUACAAAGAUGUGAAUAAGAAGCAUGUAGACUGGGUCAAAGCUUACUUGAGUAUAUGGACAGAGCUGCAGGGUUACAUUAAGGAGUUCCAUACCACUGGACUGUCCUGGAGCAAGACGGGGCCUGUGGCAAAAGAACUGAGUGGAUUACCAUCUGGCCCCUCUGUUGGAUCAGGCCCUCCUCCCCCACCGCCAGGACCACCUCCUCCCCCAGUCCCCACCAGUUCAGGCUCUGAUGAAGCUACAUCCCGUUCAGCAUUGUUUGCGCAGAUUAAUCAGGGGGAGACCAUCACACAUGCCCUAAAACAUGUAUCUGAUGACAUGAAGACUCACAAGAACCCUGCCUUGAAGGCUCAGAGUGGUCCGGUACGCAGUGGCCCCAAGCCAUUCUCUGCACCCAAACCCCAAACCAGCCCAUCCCCCAAACCAACCACAAAGAAGGAGCCAGCUCUACUUGAACUGGAAGGCAAGAAGUGGAGAGUGGAAAAUCAGGAGAAUGUUUCCAACCUGGUGAUUGAUGACACAGAGCUGAAACAGGUGGUUUACAUAUACAAAUGUGUCAACACCACAUUGCAAAUCAAGGGCAAAAUUAACUCCAUUACAGUAGAUAACUGUAAGAAACUUGGUCUGGUAUUUGAUGACGUGGUGGGCAUCGUGGAGAUAAUCAAUAGUAGGGAUGUCAAAGUUCAGGUAAUGGGUAAAGUGCCAACCAUUUCCAUCAACAAAACAGAUGGCUGCCAUGCUUACUUGAGCAAGAAUUCCCUGGAUUGUGAGAUAGUCAGUGCCAAAUCGUCUGAGAUGAACGUCCUCAUUCCAACGGAAAGUGGUGACUUUAAUGAGUUUCCAGUCCCUGAGCAGUUCAAGACCCUAUGGAAUGGGCAGAAGUUGGUCACCACAGUGACAGAAAUUGCUGGUUAAGCGAAGUGCCACUGGGUUCUUUGCCCUCUCCCUUCACACCAUGGGAUAAAUCUGUAUCAAGACAGUUCUUUUCUAGAUUUCCUCUACCUUUCUGCUCUUAAACUGCUUCUCUACUCUGAGAAGCACAGCUACCUGCCUUCACUGAAAUAUACCUCAGGCUGAGAUUUGAGGUGGGAUAGCAAGUCAGUUGAUCUUGUGCAGGAAGGUGCAACCUUUCCAUAUCAGUUCAAUCACACCACCAGUCCAUUCUUAAUGAACUGCGGAGCAGGACUGGUGCCUUUCAGCUUUUGGCUUUGUGGGUGUUAUUCUACCAACAGACAGUCCUUUGAGAAGAAUAAAACAGUCCUAGGAAUUAACAGAUCAGAAUGUUCACACUAGUUAAUCUUUUUUCUGACAAUGAGCAUGAGGGUAGUAGAAGCUGGCAUUGAUUCCAGACAGUUCUUCUAACCAAACUAACUUUUCAAUGUUGACAAGUGAAGGCAAAGGUAGAACCGGAUGAAAAGCCGAGGCUUGGCCAUCUGGCAUUCCAAGCGAAUCGUUCCCUAUAAGCAUUCCUUUUAUUCUGCAUUCCAUCCUGGUCUGUUUCAACCAUGAGAUAGGAGGUUCUUUGGUACUAGCUACUGUAGCAGUGCCCUUCAUCCAGGGCCAUUAAAGGUGUCUUGGACUCUUUCUUUCUCUGGGCUCCCUGCCUAGCACCUUCCUACCUUUCCCUAAAGAUGUCUUUAAGGGAAAAACAACACAUCACUCCAAGAUGUCUGGCAUUCCUUCCUCUUUACCUGCUAGGUGCCUGUCAUCUAUCUUCACUGCCUCCUUUUCUCUGUCAUGCUCAACAACUUAACAGCUUCUGUUCAGGCACCUGAACCAGAGGACUAAAACCUCCCCUGCAGACUGGUUUUAGGUCUCAGUUGAUGUAAGAAUCUUACACAGCAUUACUAAUAUAAAUUUCAGCCCCACCCCCACCCCCACCCCCACCCCGGACAAACAAUUACCAAAAUAUGCAACUUUUUUUGGUGGGAAGAGAGAUAGUCCUGUGAUUUAUACCCAUUUCCUGAGGCCUGGGGAAAUAAACCUUUAUGUACUUAAAGUUAUACAGAAAAUAGAAUAAAGUUAAUACCAAACUUG